CGACGAAGGCGCUCCUGAGCAUACGCAAAGCGCCUUCCCCCCUUCGCAUGCUUGUUUAAGAAGUCACUCUCGCCCGCUUAUACAGUACUCAGGGGCUGGCGGACAGGGCACUCUCUUUCAACGCCAUUGAGGACAGGGGAGGAAACGGCUUUGGGCAGGGGCGGCCCGUCUCCUUCUUUGGCAGUGCGUCGGGUGUCAGUCCUGGAGCGCCGCUGUCGCGGCAGCCGCUGCCUGUGAGGGGAGCCCCUGAAGGCGAGCGGCAGAAGCACCCGGCGCGGCGGCGGUGGGUCUCUGGUGGCGCAGCUCGGCAUGGCCCAGGCCAAGAUUAGCAGCGUCAAGAGCGGCUCCGGGGGCUGCGAGCCAGUCCAACAAGCGGGCGGCGGUCAACAGCUCCGAGGCCGUUUCUUCCGCUCCACCUCCAUGGCGGACCGCUCCAGCCGCCUCUUGGAGUGCCUCGACCAGCUGGAGCGGAGGGUUGAAGCUUUGCGUGAUGCUGCUUCUUCAAUGGAGCAAGAAAAAGAAACUCUUCUGGAAAUGAUCCACAAUAUACAAAACAGUCAAGAUAUGAGAAACAUCAGUGAAGGUGAAAGAGAAGAACUCAAUCUGACAGCCAAGCGCCUGAUGGGCAGAACACUCACAGUUGAGGUGUCUGUAGAAACCAUCCGAAAUCCCCAGCAGCAGGAGUCCCUGUUACGUGCCACACAAAUGAUUGAUGAGAUAGUCAGUAAAACCCUGGAUGAUUUGGAAGACUCCAAGAGCCGCUUAAUGUCACUUUAUGGUGCAUGUACGUCUGAGGCUCCAUCUGGACCCGUUGAUCAAAAAUUCCAGUCUGUUGUAAUUGGAUGUGCUAUAGAAGAUCAGAAGAAAAUCAAAAGACGACUAGAGACUUUGCUUAGAAAUAUAGAAAAUGCUGAAAAAUCCAUCAUGCUAUUGGAGCACCAGAAGAAAACUGCAAGACAGCUUUGCAACAAUGGGAAAGAUUAAAAUAAUUUGAAUACUGCUAUAAAAAUGAAUGUUUUUGUACACUAAAGGCAGAGAAUACUGCUUUAACAUUAAAUUUAUGGAACUUAGUACAAAUCUGAUACCUGGAAGUUGAGGAGGCCUUGCCUGUCUGUAUAGCCCUUAAAUCAGUCCUUAAACAUUCAGAGCUACAGCUGGAACAUUCUGGAAAAUUAUCUGUACCUUAUUCUGGGCGUAAAGGGUCUCCCUGGUUAGAGCACCAAUUAAACAUGCUGGGCUAGCUGCAGGGCUAACCAGCUGUGAGAACCACAGAACUAUAUGAGCAUUCAAGCAGUUUUUAUUCCAUGGCUUUUGAUCCCAGCAACAGGCUCAACAGACUAUUUUACCCUGCACAAGGAACAUGUCCUUAAACUGCUAGGUAUACUUAAAUUAGUAUCAUAGCUAUAGACUUAUUUAAGGUAUUGGCUGCAAAUGUAGGCAUGUCCCAAGGGUUAACCUUUUCAUAUGCAGCAUACAAUUUACUCUCAUUUAAUAUUUUAAUAUUUGUAAAGUAAUCUCUUCCUUAGAAACUCUCUAAGCUCAGUAGUACAUGUUUUGCUCUAGUCAGUUCUCUAAAAGGCUUCAAUCUUGGUUGUAAUAUACAAAAAUUUCACCCAGCACACUUUAUUGUCACUUUGGUGAAUGAACAUGUGUUUGAGAGAGAAUGCAGAAUGGGGAAAUUGCUGCAACAGAUGUGAAGAAAAUGUUGAUGUCCACUUUUUUCUUGCUGAAUAGGCGUAAAUAAAAUAUAUUGUGCUUUACAGGGUGAACACUUCAGUAGGCCUUCUUUUAAAAAGUGUAACUUUGUACUUAAAGAUUUGGAAUGAAGUAAGGUAUGAGACCUUUACUAAAUUAUAUUUUAGUUGCACUUCCCAUAUUAUUCCACAUCCUCAGAAAUGAACAUUAAGACAUACCUAGUAAUUCACAAUCCCCAAUUGCAACAUUCAUCAUACUCACAGUUACAGAAAGUGAAGAAGAAACUCUUGUUUUAUUCCCUUUAAUAUUUUUUUCACACUUAUUCAACCCUCUGAAGCAGAUUUUCUGGGAGUACAGAGAGGGCCAGUGAAAAUUUUCUCCCACGUAUCUGUGAACUUUAUUCACAAGAUCCUUGAAUCCAAACCUGUAUCUUGCAACAGAUGAUUGUAAGUUGGCAGAUGAGCAUCAUUUGAUACUUCCAGGCUAGAACAUAUGAUUCUGUAAAACAUGCAAACUUCUAAUGUAACAAAAAAAGAGGGUAUGCCUUAGGCUAGGUGUGUUUUGAUCAAAAAUAGACUGCUGUUCUAUACCAGUCUUGGCUAAAUUCCCAUCCUGAAAUUACCCAUCUGUGUUUCGGAAAAAAAAUCAGGAUAUUAAGUUAAUCACACUUACAGAAUUCACCAUAUCCACGAAUGAUGCAAACAACAAAUCCAA